UUCUUGCUUUCUUGUGAUAACUCGAAGCACACUCGAACUUCGUCAUGUUGAACACAAACCUGUAAAUAUUUUUACAUGCAAAGAUUUCAUGAUUUUUCCCUGCUACCCAACGACUCGAUCGACGAACAUCUUUCGUUUUUUCUCGAUCGAUACGAGCUUGCAGUGCUCGCGAAAAUUCCCAGCGAAAAUCAGAACAGAUCGCUGAUGUUAUCGUGCAAGGACAAAUUUGAAGCAAAUUGACAGUAAGUUAAAAUGCUGCGUCAGUCUGCCCGAUCGCCCAAGAAAUGCCGAGUAAAAUUCACUGUUGAUGACUUCACCUGCAGAUUCGUGUUCACAAGAGGUUCAAAUAGCGACGAGAUGUUUCAGAAUCGAGGAAGAAAGAGCAAUUUUCUAAUGCUCUUUCGAAAUAAACGAAAUUGCCAAUAAUGUGUCUAGGCAAUGUUGUUCACGCUCCAAACGUUGUGAAUUUCGCGCGAAGAUUAGCAGAUCUAUAAGCUUAUCUCUUGGUGUCUGCCAAGCCUUGAAGAUCCCUUAAACAUUUUGUUAAAUUCACCUAUUUUAUCACUUAUCUUGGUUGCCGCCAUCCAUGGUGAAAUAUUUGUGUUGUAGUGGAGUACACGUGAAAUGGCGUAGUCGUUGCAUACGAUCGAUCGUCCCAAACAGGCAAAGUCCACUCUCGUCGAGGGCGAAGAACGUCGAUCGAAUAUUCGACGACGUUCGCAAGAUGGCAGAAUUGGAAGAAGACUUCCGGCCUUGUUUUCAACUUUUGAUUUACGAGGACGUUGAUUUUCGGUGAGAAAUUCACAGUUUUCAGUGACCAAAGGCUGUUCCGUGCUCGGAGCGUAAACCUUCGUGAGGAAUGCUUCCCAAGUGAGAUCAUUCACGCUAAGAUCUGCGGCGAAAGUCACUGAUCGUAAAUGCCAUGACAUCAUUUCACGCAAUAAACGAUCACUUCGCAAACGAAGGAAGAACUGCUUCUUGUAAGAUCAUCUUGAAGUCAAAUUUGGCGAGGAGAGACGUUCGGAAUCUCGCUGUUUUUUUCUACUCGAGAAUUAUCUACAGCGUACGACGCCUCAAUCAGACGAAGUUAAUUUAAAGCUGGCUGGAAGCCCCCCUACAAAACUAGAAGUUACCGAUAGCCCGAAACCAGAACUCAAAAUGGGAAGGAAGAAGAUACAGAUUUCAAGAAUCGGCGACGAAAGAAAUCGCCAGGUUACUUUUACCAAGCGUAAAUUUGGAUUAAUGAAGAAAGCGUAUGAACUGAGCAUUCUCUGUGACUGCGAGAUUGCUCUGAUCAUUUUCAACUCUGGUAACAAACUGUUCCAGUAUGCCAGCACAGAUAUGGACAAGAUCCUUCUCAAAUACACAGAAUACAAUGAACCACAUGAGAGCAGAACAAACACAGAUAUUGUUGAGACGAUUUCAAAGAAGGAGAAUAAGGCAUUGCCUUCCCCUGAUGACACAGAAAAGCAAUUUGUGUUGACUCCAAGAACAGAAGAAAAGUACAACAAAAUCAAUGAUGAAUUUGAUCAGAUGAUGAAAAAGAACUUGCUUCAGCCACAGCAGUCAACUACCACAGGAGAUAAUUUUCAUCAUUUGCCUGUCACUAUCCCUGUGUCCUCAAACAAUGGAUCUGAGGAAAGUUAUGGCAGUAGGCCAGGUAGUAGAGAGGCUGUAGGCGUGGGUCCCAGCCUUCCAGUGAGCUCAAGUGCUAGAAUCACUGCUGACCACAUGAAUGGUAGACUGCAAGGAAAUGCUGCUGGUAUAACAGGCAAUACACAAAACAUGUCUGAUCUUGUUGCUGCAGCUGAAUAUAACAGAAGAAGUGUAACUCCUGGAUCAGCUCAGGGAAAUGAAGGCUCAUUUGCCACACCCUCUGGUGGUGGACGGAAUUCUGUGUCUCCACACCCACAAGCUGCCACUCCUCCACCCAGCCUCAACAGGCCAUUGUUAAAGAUUAACAUUCCUAACAGAGGUUCCACAGCAGGACAGAUGCCUAAUCGUCAUGGCAUAACUGGAGCCUCAGGACAUGAAAAUCCGCCUCUGUCUACCCCUGUGAUUUCUCUGAAUAACUUACCUUUGCAGACACCGGGUGAGAACCCCAGCCUAUCCACACCCAUAUUCUCCAUUGCCACGCCCAAUCUUGCAGGGGCACCGCCAUCAUUCUCCUCUUCUCUGCCUUCUGGGUUUCCAGCUGAUUUUGCUCUAGAUAACCCAGAGUCCCUGGCCCAGAAAUUGGCACAGUAUCCAGCUGCUGCUGCUCUGCCGCUGAUACAGCAACAGGCAAUACUACAGCAACAACUCAGUAACAUGCAUGGAUUGUUACAGGCAGGGAAUGUAGCCAAUUUACUGGGCAAUCGUCUUACUGUUCCCAACUCCGCCAAUGGUCCAGGCAUGUCAACUAUGAAUAUCAAGGCAGAGCCAGCAGAUAGAGAUACAUCUUCACCAAAUUCUCGCUCAUCCAUAUCUCCCACUUCACCGUACCAAGUCCAGCGGCGAAUCACACCUAACAGAGAUGACCGUGAUAUGGACAAAGACGGAGCCCCAAAGCGUCCACGCUUGGAUGGCUCCAUUGCUACAGCCAAUGGGUGGCGUUAAGAAGCAUCAGGCUUAAGAUUUUAUAUUAAUAGAUGAUUUUAGGUUAAUUUGUGUUUUUGACUAAGAGAGGUACAUGUAAUAUCAUUAAUUCUGUGAUGCUGGCAUCAUGUUUAUACCAAGGCUGUUAUGAAUGUUGUUAAAAAUUUGUAGGUUGAUUAACGUCCAAACUUCCCUUCUCUGUUUUGGAACAAGUUCCAGUGAACAGGGCGUGAUGGUCACUCGCAAAACGCCGGGAUAAAAAGUGUAAUUCCCCCAAGAAGAAUUAUAAAGAAUUUAUAAGAUUAUCGCUUCUGGCAUUGUAAUGUGAAGCGUUAACUGUUAACUGUCUGUUGUGAACAGCUGUUGAACUGACUGUGCUGGCCAAAUUGUUUAGCUAUUGGCACAACUCCAAUUUUGUAUGGAAUUGUGGGUUGAAUGCAUAAGGAACAACUAACUCUGUGUUUUGGGUUAGUGUCUCUUUUUUGGUGCUCGUUAUCUGUGGUAAACUAGUCCCAGUGGGUCCACUUAAUACUAUAUUUAUCAACUGCUACUUGUUGGAACAAAAAUGGGUUUUCUCUACGGCAAAAAAGCAUUACUGCAAGUUUAACUCAGUGUUAGAAUCUCAGUGCUUAGAAUCACUAUUUUUUUUUUAAACUUCCAAGGCUCGGCUUUGGUAUUUAUUACAGUUGCUUGCACGUUGCUGUGCCUUGCAGUAGGUCAGUGCUUGACUGGUAAAGGUACUUUCACUGUCGCUGUUUGCUGUGAGAAUUUGUCAAUGACAGUUCAGGGUAGAACAUUUUGCUUUGUUUUUUAUAUCCCUUUUGCUAUAGCAGCCUUGGAAUGCAUGCAUUGCAUUGUUUUCUUAUUUGCGAUUCCAUCUUUUCUUGUAAAUAUUACUCAAGACGUAUAUCAAAUAGAAGGCUAAUAGACCAUUUUGCAGGCCUGUGAAAUGUAACCGAGCCUCUGCCUGGAAUCGAGGUUUGGGUUGACUAGCCUCGGUUCUGUUCAGAGGCGUGACCACUAAACACAGACCUGUAAAAUGGGCCCAAAAUUACGAGAUAAUUGAAACGACAACGGCGUUGCUUAAGACGGCACGAAACAAUUAAAUUAACUUCCAUUAUGACUACAGUGUAGUUUUGUAUUUUCGUUUAAACGAUUAGCUUGCUCGUGGCAAUUUUACAAUUUAAAAACUUAAGGAUUUUAUGUCAGAUAUUUUCACUUUUAUUAUAUUAUGCGCAAGAGUUGUGUUUGUUAAGGGAGUUAAUUUUCAGUCAAUGGCUCGCGGUUAUUAUAAACAUGAAGCAUUGUCGUGCAUUUUUUCCCACGGGUCGGAUUUUCUUGUACUAGAUAUACAGUAUAGCUCGUUGUAUAACGUUUGACAUAUUCCAUAGUAUGUAAUUAUGUAAAGUAAUAUAGAGAUGUAGAACUCUUUAAGAGUGCAGUCAAAAGGUGAUUUUAUAUACUCGAUAUUACGUUUUUUCAGUAUCCAUGAGAUGGCAUUGAAUUUUAUUGUCUCGCAACUGAUUGUUGAAAAAUUCAUCACUGUUAGAUCUCGCAACUUAGAGUUUGGAGAGUUAAGUUUGUAUGGUUUCUUUGGUAUCAAUGUUGUUUAUCAUUUUUUCUUUUUUUCUUUCUUUUUUUGCCUAGUGAUUUUCUUGGUCGUUGAUGACAAACUUCAACAUUUAGAUUUUCUAUUUCAUUCAAUUUUGAUAUUUAAGUACUUUAAGUUUUGUUUUGGCAAAAUUAGGUUGAUAAGAAUUUUUCUACGGUGUGAUGUUUUUUUCUCAGUCUUCUGCGGAUACUAUUGAUACGAUACUGUACAUUUUGUUCAAUUCAAGCCGGUAAAAUAUUUUGGUAACUUUUGAUUUACAAACUGUGACUUACAGAUACAAUGUAGUGGAUGUAAGUGGAUAGAAGUUAUCGCUAUUUGUAUUGCAUACCAUUUCACUACUAAGAGUCUAUCGGGCGCCUUAAACAGAAGUGGGCAGGACCCCCAUCUAGCGCCUGGAUUUGUUUAUCUAUGUUUGCUUAAAAGAUAUAUUACAAUUUUUGAUACCGUGCUUGACGCAGAAAUAGUAAACGAAUAUUACACUGCGCCAGAUUGUACAAAGCAUUAGUAGUAAUCACAUUCUACAGAAAGAACCCAAAAUAUGAUUUGCAACUUUGCUUUCAGCAAAUCAAAUAGCUUUUUUCUGUCCGAUUCCUCGCUUUGGUUUCGAUGAGCGUUGAAAACUUAUACUUACUGUUUGAACGCUAGAGAGGCAAGUGGUUGCUAUGUGAAACGUAAAGAUUUUGUAGUCGUAAAUUUGUUCUUUUUGUAAAAUUUAUAAUUUUAGUUCUGCAUACGUUCCUGAAAAUAAAGUAUUAGAACGACAGGGAAA